UUGUUAACUAUCUAGCGUUGGCGUGCUAGUAUGUCUGCUUAGCCUGGCUAUAUCUGGCAAUUUGUUUGCGUCAGCAACAGACAGCAUCCCUUUUGUGAAAGAUGUCGCAUGUGGAUUAGGCUCGUUUUCAAAUUGUAGCAACAUGAACCAAGAAAAAUUAGCAAAACUUCAAGCCCAGGUCCGGAUAGGAGGAAAGGGCUCGGCACGUAGGAAGAAGAAGGUCGUACACAGAACGGCAACAGCCGACGACAAAAAACUUCAGAGUUCGUUAAAGAAAUUAGCUGUCAACAACAUUGCUGGUAUUGAAGAGGUCAACAUGAUCAAGGAUGAUGGCACAGUGAUCCACUUCAACAACCCCAAAGUGCAGGCAUCUCUGUCUGCCAACACUUUCGCUAUCACCGGCCAUGCCGAGACCAAGCAGCUCACGGAGAUGCUCCCGGGCAUCCUCAGCCAGCUGGGUGCCGACAGCCUCACCAGCCUGCGCAAACUAGCAGAGCAGUUCCCUCGGCAAGUGCUCGACAGCAAAGCCCCUAAAGCAGAAGAUAUUGAAGAAGAAGACGACGAUGUCCCAGACCUGGUGGAGAAUUUCGAUGAAGCAUCAAAGAAUGAAGCAAACUGAUUGAUCUUCCCCUUGAGACCCCAUACAAGGAUUGGAACUGCAAUUAAGAAACGAAGGGCGACUUCUCCGAUGUUUUAACUUCUAGUUACGAAGACAUAUCAUUUCAAACACUAUCCCGUCAACCAGAGACUUGUGUAUUUUGAAAUGGCCCAAGGAUGACUGGCUUGCCCACUUAAACUCCCAACACAUUGGUCAACGGUUCAGUACUUUUCACCACAUUGUUAGUCGGGAUCAGGAUUGCGGUGGUCAUUAAUUAAAGCUAGUCUUAAUUUUAAAAAAAAUUGUUUAUGAAACAAAAUAAAGGUGAUUAACGUUU